UGAAGGAGAUGACUCCACCCUUCUGAGAUUAGUGAUAGAUGAGGGUGUCAGUGGACGAUCGGUGUGUCCCCGGAUCUCUUUGUUCCAUUGUGUGUAGCCCCCUCUCUCGGUCUCUGGUGGGAGGGAGCCCGGAGAUCACAUCCAUAGUAUUAGCGCUGACAGGAGGAUGCAGCCUGUACACAGCAGCCAUCCCUGAGCGAGGCGUCCAUAGAGGAGAGGAGAGGAGCGGAGAGAGGGGAGAGCCGGAGGAGGUAGCGGGUUGGGAGAUGAUGAUGGCGGAGGUGAAGUGCGCCUCGGGGGCCACCAAUGGACUGGUGGUGAACGCUGAGUUGGAGGUGAAGAAGCUGCAGGAACUGGUGAGGAAGCUGGAGAAACAGAACGAGCAGCUCCGGAACAGAGCCAGCGCCGUCAGUAAUUGCACCGCCAGCCCGCACCUGCUGCAGCCUCCUCCCGCAAUGCAUCAGCCCUGCCUGCUCACCCGACCCUCCGCACUCUGCCUGCCCAGCCCUAUACCCACUCUACUCUGCGGGAGCCUCUACCCAUCAGACCCGUCCCUGGGAUACUACAACAGCAGGCUGGCCUGCCAGUCCCCUGGGAACACCAUCCUAGAUGAAGUGGACAUCCUGGACCUGGAGGACAGCUAUGAAGACGAGGAUAGCUGGCUUUAUGUGUCUCCUCCUAAGAAGCAGAGGUCAUUUGAGUCCAGCCUUAGCCCAAUGGAGUGGUGUAGGCAGGUUCUGGACAAUCCAUCUCCUGAAAUAGAAGCUGCAAAACGUUCUCUCUGCUUCCGACUUGAACAAGCUGGUCGCUGGAGGAGUCUCUUUUCCACUCCUGUUUCCAUGUCUUUUCCAUAUAGUCCAGUUGCGAGACUCACUCCAUAUUUCAACGGUGUUAAUUCUCCCAGCAUCCUUAAAACCCCAACUAAAGCAAUACUAACACCAGAAAAGACAGGUUACAAUUUGAAGAUCUCCCCUUUGAGCCCACAGUCUUCAAUAGACAGUGAACUUAGCACUUCUGAAGUGGAAGAUGACUCAAUUGCUAUGGGAUACAAAUUGCAAGACCUCACUGACGUUCAGAUCAUGGCACGAUUACAAGAAGAAAGCCUUAGGCAAGAUUUUGCAUCUACCUCUGCUUGCAGUUCAGUAUCACGGCAUCGCUCUAGCCUUUCGCUAUACUCUGGAAAGAGGGCACCAUGUGCCAACAGUGACCAGGAAUCUGAUCGUUACAGUGUUGAAGAUGAUGAUGAAGACUUUGACCUCUUACCACCACCUCAGCCUCGACUUAGUCGCUGCUCCCCACUUCAGAGAGGAAUUCCUCAUUCGCAGACUUUCUCUAGUAUUCGGGAGUGCAGGAGGAGUCCAAGUUCCCAGUAUCUUAAUUCAAAUGGAUAUCAGCAAUAUAAUUUUUCAUCUCCACCUCAGACAUCUGAACAAAUGCAAAACAGAACGAAUGCAGAUAAACUACGAAGAAGCAUGCCUAAUUUGGCUCGAAUGCCAAGCACAACAACAAGCACUGUGGUUUCCCCUGUUACUGUACGAAACAGCCAAAGUUUUGAUUCUAACCUCCAUGGUGCAGCAAAUGGGAUGUCUAGGCUGCAGUCAAGUAUACCGUCCCCUGGUCAACUGCAGCAGAGGGUCCACAGUGUGGGUAACUUCCCAGUAUCAGUGAGGCCACCUCUGAAAGCCACAGCCUAUGUCAGCCCGACUAUACAAGGCAGCAGCAGUAUUCCACAGUCAACUAGUUUACAGUCUUUAUCAAGUUCUGGGAUCCCUAUGCCAAACAAAUCUGCAAGUUCAUUGCCUGUCAGAAGUGCACUGCCUAGACCAUCACUGUCGAGCACAGGGGGAAGCGGUAUACCCCGCAGCAAGAUUGCUACUCCACCACGCAGUUUUAUUCAGCCUCCGAAGACUCUGUCAUCACUGAGCACACUGCGGGAUGGAAACUGGAGAGAUGGAUGCUAUUGAUCUGUUCGAAUGGAUGAGCUUACAUUUAAAAGCAAUUUUAAUUAACGUGUUAUUUUUCCCCAGCGGGCUGGGUAAAAAUAGUGUAAGAGGACACAUCUCCUGAAGAUUUUAACAUUUGUAAUAUAUGUGUUAUGUGAGAGAACCGUCAAAGACAAUGUAGCUCUUAAAUGUUUGACAUGAAAUGCUUAAUGGAUUUUCACAACAACUAUUAUUUAAUAACACACAGACAUAUGCAAAAGCAAAUACUUGUAAAAAUCUGUCACAAAACCUGUUUUAUUUAUUAUUCACUUUCUGUUCUCCUGUAUAAGCACUUAACUUUUUUUUAAUGUAUGAUAAACCAUUACAAUACUGGACAAUAUGUAAACGUUCUGUGUAUAGAAUAAUUAACCACACUUGGAGGUGCUGCUUAACUUCUGUGCCACAGAAAAUAGUUUUAAGUGCAUUCUUUUUUUUUUUUUUUUUUUUUCAAAAAUAAUUUGGUAUACUUUAUUUUGGGAAUCACUGGAAACGUACUUAAAAUGUAUUUCUUGUUGCAAAGCACAAGGAUGCAAGGAAGAGAAUCACUGUCCGUCUAUACAACCACGUUAAGGUAGAAGUAAAGGCAUUUUUUUUUUUCAUUUUGGAAAGGGUAGAGGAGAGUUAUAGCCCCUGUCAGUGUUUUGUUUUUUUGUUUUGUUUGCUGUGUCCCAUUGGAGAUUUCCCUUCACUUCCUGCCCCAUAGCAAAACAGGAGAGUAAAUCCUUACAAAGUGAGGGGACUUCUGGUUGUUACCAGGUUCUCUCAUUGGAAGUUUUCCAAUGUUUCUGUUCUGACAACCCGAAAUGUGUGAUUUAUUUUAUAAUUUUUUUGUUUCCCUUACUUUGCACUCUUGAUAAUAAUGGUAAAUCGCAAUUAAAACUGACAGGUGUUCUAACCCCUCUCCAAUCUAUCUAAAAAAAAAAAAAGAGGUUUUGCCUUUAGUUAUACUUUAAUUUUGUCUUUGUUCUUUUUUUUAUGUUUCAUGUUAAUUUAUUGUUUAAUUAUAUUGAAUGUUUUCUUCUGCAUAAUUAUGGAUUGUCUGCAUCUCUACUGCAGUGUGGGCUGGGUUUUUUCUUACUGUCAAAAUACUGAAGAUCAAAGCUCUCAUUGGACAUAACUUUUGAUAGGCAUUUUACAGAAUUAAAUUGCACUAAUGCUUUAAUAAGACAGUAUAUGAUUUCAUAAUGAUGACAUCUGUAUACUGCUGUUUUUGGAAUGUUUCAGUAAUAAAGAAUAUUUUUGAGCAA